CACAUAGACAAAACAUAGAAGCAGUCAAUUGCGAGUUAGAACUUCAAAACUAGUUGAAAACAAAACAAUAGUCACAAAAAGCAAUUAGUCAUAGACAAAUUUAAAAACAAUACACAAGUCAGCCAGUCAGCCAGCAUCUUCCAGUGUAAACAAAGCAGCAGAUUCUCAAACAACGAAUUCAAAAAUGGCCGACAUCAGCGAUCAAGAAUGGAAUGAUUUCAAGACAAAAUUCAACAAAACCUAUGCCGACGAAGCUGAGGAGAAAUUGCGUCGUGAAAUCUUUGGCAAAACCAAGAAUCGCGUCGAGGAACAUAACAAAAAAUUCGAAAAGGGUGAAGUAUCAUAUUCAAUGGGGAUUAAUCAUUUGGCCGAUGCAACGCAAGAGGAAAUGUCGGCACGCUGUGGCAAACGUGUAGCUCCAACUGCAGUGUAACAGAAACCAAAAACAAAAAAAUCUUCUAAUAUAGUUUUAUGGAAUUACGUCUCAUUUGUCUAUAUGUAUUUUAAUGUUUGUGUGCUUUUUUCUAAUAUGUAUUGUUAGUGAAUCUUAAUUUUUUAUUAUAUAUUGAAAAUGACUCGAUUAAAACAUGAUUAAUUAAAGUAUAGAGCCAUGUGAUCUCGUUGAAUUUUGUAAUGGAAA